CUUUGUUGGAUUAACAAGUUUGAUGGGUGAAAAGAAAGGACAUUCAAACAGUAACCCACCAAUGGGAUCACAAGGGUGGAGGCAGGGGAGAGGAAAACCCUAAAAUUAUCUUAUUAUUUCCCCCUUUCUUUUACAUCCUUACAAGCCACAGCAAACAUAAAUGGUUGGGUAAGCAUAAAAAUUCCAUCUUUAUGAUAGAUUUAUUAAAGGGGGUUGUUUGAAACACAUGUUCAGGGAAAGGAAUUUACUGAUACGUUAAAAACAAAUUCAAAGGCUCUCAAAUCCAAUUUCCAGGUAGUGUCCUUAGCCCUUCAAUCUCUUUAUUCCCCCCAUCUUCCACAAUUUCUGUUUCCUCUCCCCUUCCUCUGUGUUUGUUGUGUUGUUAAAAUUUCCCCCAUUUGGUUGUGGGGGGGAAAAGGCAAGGAAGAAAACAAACACGUUUAGCAUAGAAAUACAAAAACCUAACUCUUUUCCUUCAAUGAUGGUUUGGACCUUUGGUCCUCCAUCUUCGUCUUUGCGCUUCUGGGUUCUCUGUUAACAAUUAAAACUAACCCCUUUUGUUGUUUCUAAUUCGUUUCUCUUUCAAAUGCAAAUAUCCCCAACUGGGUUUCUUUUACAUGUAAUCUUCCUUCUUUAACUCGCUUUGUCGUUCGUGAUCUCCCCGACUAUGUCGCAAGAUUCUUCUUCUCCUCCGAUCCCUUGUGACCGAUCCUCCCCUGAGCCACUUUCCCACAUCGAAAACCCCAACCCCAGAACGGCUAUUGCCGAGAACGAGCCCACGACCACGACCACAACGACCAACACUGAACAGCCAACCACGAGGAGGAACCGACCCUCUCGCGCUUGCACUAUUCGUGCUGCCGAGCGGCUGUUGGCGGCUCAGUCAGUGGUCGAGCGGAAGCCGAAGCCUAAAAAGGAGCAGCAAAACGAUGAGUCUCCAGAGCAGCAGCAAUGCAGUAAGAUCGUGACGCCGCUGGUUGAGGAGCCUUCGCCCUCACAGUUGCCGCGUUGGAGCCUCCGGUCCAAGUGGGAACUGGCGUCAGUACUUAAUUUCUUGCAUGUCUUUAGGCCAUUACUGAAUAUUCAUAAUGAGUUCACAGUGGAGGAGUUUGAGACGGCCUUGAUUGCACCCAACGACACUUUGAGUGACAUACACAUUCCAUUACUAAAGGCAAUUCCUCCUAUUACAAGAAUGGCCCUCACUCGGGAUACGUGGGUGACUGUGUUGUGCAGAAAAUUACGGGACUGGUGGCACUGGGUUGCUGAAGGGGAUCUGCCUAUCGUUGCUUCACACGGUGUCGAAAUAGAAGUUUAUAAAACUCUUGAUCCUGGGAUGCGUGUGGUCAUCUUGAAAGCGCUAUGUGACAUUCGAGUGGAGCAAGAAGAUAUCCGGAGCUACAUCGAAAAUUCAUUAAAACAUGGAGUUCAACUUUCAGCAUUUCGCAAAGAACGAAUCGGUGGAGAUUCACAUGGAACUUAUUUCUGGUACGAAGAUGAUCCCAUAAUUGGUCAUCGUUUGUACCGUGAGAUUAGGAAAGUCGAGUUGAAAAAAGCCAAGAAAGGUUCACAGGUCCUCCCUUGUACAACAUAUCAGUGGGAAUCUGUUGCAACCAGUUUUGAUGAAUUUCAAGAUGUAUCAGAAAAGCUUUUCACGAGUAAAAAUCGGUCAGAGGCUUCACUUGGGAAAAAGUUGAAGAUCGACAUGCUUCCCGAGAUCGAGAAAGUUCAUAAGAGAAAAGAAAGGUUGCUGAAAAAACAGCAUAGACAAGCUCUUCUCUUGGAUAAUUUUGCACUUGUCGACGGGCUUGGUCCAGGACGCUCACUUCGUGACAGAAAACCCGUCACUUAUACUUUUGAUGAUUAUGACCGAUCAAUCAAUGAGGCUAUCAAGACAACCAAGCGUAAGCCACCAUCUCCAGAACCUAAUCACAGAAGAGAAGCUGCUGUAAAUCUCGAACCUUCUGCGAACGGAAAAUGGAGCAGUCCAUCAUUUGCGUCUCAAAACUUCAAUUUCAGUGCACUAUCUCCCAAGUCGCCUGAUUAUGACGACGUCGAUGAAGACCAUAUGUCCGAACAGUUGGAUCGCAGCAAUAGGCGAAGACAAAGGCCACAACGGUAUUCAGAAAAGGAUUAUGUGGAAGCAUUAUCAGAUAAUGAUGCAGAUUUCGACAGUGAUGAUGACAUAGUUGGUGAAGCUGUAUACGACGAGGAGUAUUUACGAAAACGCAAACAGAGGAGGAAGACAUCGAGCAGUUCAGAAGGCGAUGAGGAGUAUCACUAUGAAGAGGAAAACGAGGAAGAGGAGGAGGAAGAAGAAGAGGAAUCGUUGAGCAUUAGUGAAGAUAGCGACCAGCCACGAAAAGUAAAAAAAUUGCGGGGACGUACACGGAGGGAAACAAAGUUAAGGUCGUCUGGCGAGAUUCAGUCCGGUCUUAGACGUAGUAGAAGGGCGACUCGAAGCAAAAUAAAUUAUGGACAAUAUGAUCUAUCAGAAUCAGAACCAGAGAACAAUAAAGUUAAAAAGACCAAUGCCAAUGUGUCUGAUGAGCACACAGAUGCUAGUGAGAAUGAGAAUGAGAAUGGGGAUUAUUCAGUUGAAAGUCGAGAGUCUGACAAUGAGGACGACGAAGAAGAAGAAGAAGAAGACGACGACGACCAAGUAAUGAAAGUCGAUCAACCUGAUGAAGUGUAUGCAGAGAACAUAGAGGAGAAAAAUCCUCCUCCUGAAAAGUCGAACGGCCUAGAUCAAGAAGAAACCGAUGGUGCAUCAAAAAGACUUCUCGACCUAAACGAGCUUGCUCCCGGCUCUGGUUUCGACGAUGCUCCAACCACAGAAACGAAAGAUGAUACAAAUGAGUUCUAAUAGUUUUCGCUCGUGAAAUAGUAAAGUAUAAAUUUUGUGGUAAGUGCCUGCAGAAGAUAUUAGCAUCGGAGUUCCUUCUUCCUCAGGUCAAUUGGAGCAGUCAGUCAUCUUGGUGCAGUUAGUGCAGCAAGGAGCAAACGGAUGAUGAUAGAUUAGAGAGUCCAUUUUUUUUAAGUAAUGUCCACAUUCAAUGAAAACCCAACAAAAGAUGGAAGGUGUUUCUAUACUUUUACCCAUCAUUGUACAAUAACCUUUUGAUUCAUAUUGUAACCCAAAGAGUUGGGUUUUAGAUGUAUUAUGAUACUCAUUUUAAAUCGCCCUCUACAUAUAAUGGGUUGGAUGGGUCUGCUGCUUAUAUCA